ACAGCGCGAUGGCGGGCGAUCACUCUCGCAGCCUGGGCAAGGGCAGCGCGGCCCCAGGGCCUGUGCCCGAAGGGGUGAUCCGGCUCUACAGUAUGCGGUUCUGCCCCUUCGCUCAGAGGACGCGCCUCGUUCUCCGCGCCAAAGGCAUCAGCCAUGAAGUAAUCAACAUCAAUCUGAAGAACAAACCUGACUGGCUCUUUGAGAAACACCCCUUUGGGCUGGUUCCUGUCCUGGAGACCAGCAAGGGCCAGCUGAUCUAUGAGUCCCCAAUCACUUGCGAAUAUUUGGAUGAAGCAUUUCCAGGGAAGAAGUUGAUGCCUUCGGACCCAUAUGAGCGAGCCUUUCAGAAGAUGCUCGUGGAACAGUUCUCAAAGAUAACAUCCAUAGUUUUGAAGUAUUUUGUGGCAGUCAAAGAUGAGCAGGACACCACCGUGCUGAAAGCAGAAUUUGAUAAAGAGCUUGGCAAAUUUGAAGAGGUUCUGUUGAAACGCAACACUGUGUUUUAUGGUGGGGACUCAGUCUCCAUGCUUGACUACAUGAUCUGGCCAUGGUUUGAACGCGUGGAACCAUUCCAGCUGAAGGACUCUUUUAGUCACACCCCAAAGCUCCAACGCUGGAUGGAGGCCAUGAAGAAGGACCCUGCUGUCAAGGCUACAAUGACUGACCCACAGACGUUCAAAGGUUUCCUCCAGCUGUAUUUGAAGAACAGUCCUGAGGCAUGUGAUUAUGGGCUCUGAGGUGCCAAUAGGCACACGCUUGCUGAAAUGGCAGUGCUUCUUU